UUUGCGUGAGCGGGGCCGGAUCUCAGUGCGGUGAUAGAGCUCGCAGAGCGGCUGUGCGGAAGUUCUUUCAUCCGCGCUACACAGAAGGGGCUUCGCCCUCGAGAUUAGCUAUUCUCGUCCUAAGUUUUUGUUUGGACGAAGGCAAGAGAGGUGGAACUUCUUCGCUCUGUGUUUUAACUUGAAUUCUGUCGUUCGCUACAAGUUAGCGCCCAUUACCGCCGGGUAAUGGCAAGGCCAAGCCACAGUGAGCAUGUCCUGCAGCAGCUCAACAACCAAAGGGAGUGGGGUUUCCUCUGUGACUGCUGCAUUGCUAUAGGGGACAUUUAUUUCAGGGCCCACAAGGCCGUGCUGGCAGCCUGCAGCUCUUACUUCAGAAUGAUGUUCAUCCGGGAUCAGCAGGGGACUGCACUUUUUGAUCUCAGCAACAUGCAGAUCACCGCAGAAUGUUUCGAUCUCAUCCUGCAGCUCAUGUACCUUGGCCGAAUCGUCAUGGAUCACUAUGAAUUUGAAGAGCUGAAAUCAUCUAUGGUCUACCUACAAAUGUACUACAUCCCUGACUCACUUGAAGACCUCAGAGACAUCCGAACAUCCAAUCUGACACCCUCGUCCUCUGCAUCGUCCUCUUCAUCAACCAGCUCCUCGUCCUCAUCCAGCGUGAUGGGAAGCAAGAUGAUGUUCGGCGUUCGAAUGUUUGAGCAGCAGCGACCAAGCCCUUCUGAGAAUGAAUGCGCACCCAAAGCCUCAACCACAACUGCUCGUCAGACCAUUAACAUCUCAACUGUCAGGCCUGCUGAAGAUGUGGUCAUACCACACCCUCCGCCACACUCCGAGACCGUAGUAGACCAGCCGUGUGACUUAAGGAAGAGAACAUCAGGCCGAAGCUCUGCCAUGAAAGAACGCCCUCGAUUUGGCCGUACGUACACUUGCGACGAUUGCGGUUUUGUGUUUAGCUGUGAAAAGCUCCUCAUUGAACACAUCCUCACAUGCACCAAUCGUAAAGCUUUCCAGACACCCAAGGUUAGCAAAGAGGUUUACGGCGAUGCUGGAAAAGAUGAGAGCUCAACCUCAGAGGGUACGGAUGAGCACAGAACCGUUGAAGAGGACUGGCCAGACCAUAAGCCGGACACAGAGAAGGUGAUCCGGUCUGUUGCCACGGGCAUGGACAAUAAAGCUACCUUCUCCAGGAAUAUAACCAUUAAAGUGGAGCGAGACAACGAUUCUGAGACCGAUUUGGAAACUAUAAAAGUUGUAAAGGUAGGCAACCAUAAUGUAGGGAGCUGCAAAGUUCGUACCAGAGUGAACAAAGACAAUCUUGCAGACCAGCUGAAGUUUGACAGCGAGGAAGAGCCAAGAGUAUCUGCCAUGGAUGCUUUGGAGGGCCAAAGCACAGGGUUAUUAAUCUCUGAUCCAAAGGUGCAGCGGAUCAAAGAAGAAAAGCAAGAUGGCGCGUGCAUUCCAUGUGAGUUGUGUGGAGCCCUGUUGACGGAGGAGGAUCAGUCUGCUCAUUACAUAUCCAGCCACAUGGGACAUAUCUGUGCCUGUGGAAGGUGCGGCCAAGUGCUCAUUAAAGGCAGGCAGCUGCAAGAGCACGCAGAGCGAUGUGGUGAACCCCAAGGGGCCGAGAUGGACUCCCCAGGUGAGGAUUCGCUUGUACUUGAAGAUGCUGAGGUUAUGGAGGAAAGCUUGCUGGAAGGCGCUGACCUGGGCUUCCGCUGUCCACUCUGUGGGCUGAUAUUUGAAAGUGAAAGUCUUGCAGUGGAGCACACUUUGACUUGUCCGGAGCAGGAGCCAUUCCGGCCCGUUCUAUUGGAAGACAGUGGUGAUCCAGACCAUCGGCGCAAGCAUUUCUGCGCGAUUUGCGGCAAAGGCUUUUACCAAAGGUGUCACCUACGGGAGCACUACACUGUGCACACCAAGGAAAAGCAGUUCACCUGUCAAACCUGUGGGAAACAGUUUCUGCGCGAGCGGCAGCUGCGCUUGCACACUGACAUGCACAAGGGAAUGGCGCGGUACGUCUGCCCCGUGUGUGAGCAGGGUACAUUUCUCAAACACGAUCACGUGCGACACAUGAUCUCUCAUCUGUCUGCCGGAGAGACUAUCUGCCAGGUGUGUUUCCAGAUUUUCCCCAGCGGCGAACAUCUGGAGAAGCACAUGGAUGUGCAUUUGUACAUCUGUGGCGUUUGCGGAGAAAAGUUCCGUCUCCGCAAAGACAUGCGGAGCCACUACAACUCCAAGCACACCAAGAGACAAUGAGAGUUCUCUCUCUGCAACCCUUGACUCUUUCAAAUAAGCCAUACUGUAAAUGUGAGACCAAAUCUAUGCACUUAGACACCAAUUGUAACCUUUACAACGGCACUUUCCAUGUGUAUGCAAAUUCUGGAUGUGAUGCUAGAUGUUUUUGGUGGGAUAUAGUGCUUUAAGCAUUUGUCUUCAUUUUCUGAUGCUUCGAGAUGGAUAUCCAGACACUGGUUAAGUCUAGAUAUUGACUAAAUCACACUAUCAGUGGUGUUUCAGUUGAAAAUGCUAUAUAGGUCUGUAGUUAUGAAACUGGCCCAAGGCUAAUAGUUUUACAUUCAAUAAUUAAUGUCUGUUCACAAAGCUUUAAUGAUGGUACACAAGUUUAACAUUGGUAGUUAAGAGAACUUUUGUCAAAGGGGUCAUUUGUUAUGUUAUUGGUGGUGCUUUUUUAGUGAACACAAGCACAUACAGCUUCCAUUUUGUCAUUAGUUCCAGCAGCUCUGGUGACGUUACCUGUCAUAAUCCUCCAUGAUCAAAUGCCCUGAGAGGGAUCGAUCACCCAAAUUAAAAUUCCAGCAUCAUUCAAUCUCCCUUAUGUUGUUCCGAAACUUUAUGACUGACUUUCUUCUGUUGAACACAAAAAAAAGAUAUUUCGAAAAAUAUCUGCUUUUUAUAAACUUCUUUUCUCCAUACGAUGAAAGUUAGUGUGGUCCAGUGUUGUUUUGGGGGGAUGUUAAAGCAUUGUUUAAAAUAUAUUUUCUUCUGUUCCUCAAAAGAAAGAAAGCCAGGUUUGGAAUGAUAUGAGCAUGGGAAAAUGACAUUUUUAGACAAACUAUUCUUCUUAAGCACUGAGAUAAUAAAGGAGAAUAGAUUGCUAAUAGAAUGCGGGCACUUUUCCCUCCUUGCACCAGAACACUAAAAAUACUGUUAUAAAAAAAGAGAAAAACACUCUUGUUGAUGUCUUUCAGCUAGCUGUAAUUGCUAAAUCGUAACUCAUACAAAACCCAGAAAUCUAUGCAUACUGUUGUAAAUUCAGCCCUAAUUUAGUGUGCUUGUCGUGAACAGUUUCAUGGAGUGAAACAACAUUUAUUGUGUAGUUAUUUCAAUAUCCCAAAGAUAUUCAUGUUAUAUAAACGGAUUUAUACAUUUUUUUCAGUUUGUACACAAUCUGUUUCUAACAAGGAUUACAUGGUAUACAAUUCUUAUCAGCCUAUGCAGUUUUUGUUCGGAGCAAAUCAAACUAUAUGCUUUUGUUUAGGGUCCAUCUUUUUUAAAGCUUAAAUGGGUUUAUAAGAGGUCUUAACAUUUCAGAUAGUUCACACCUUAUAGAAUUAUUGUGACUUGAUGCGAAUGUGGAAAUGCCAUAUAAUGCUUGCACAAGGGUGUAGGGUAAUUUAUAACGUUUGGAUUAAUAAACAAUUGCUUUGUCGAUCUGUAUCUUGUGAAAUAGCCAAGUCGGAUUCUUUUUUUCUUACGGUUUUGUGUUUUUCAUGUUUAAUCAUGUGAUGUUCAUACAGGCUAAAGACUAGAUUUUUGGAGCUGUGAUCCAUGAACCAUCAACAUGGCCAUGAGAUAAUACAGAUUAAUCUGAACACAGUUAAUGAUUGGAUUAAGAGCAGGCAAUCUGGCUAAAAAGACAGUUGGUGCUCUACGCUUUUUUCUGAAAUAAGUUGUCCCAUUCAAGUAAACUGACCUAUUCAGGCUCACACAGCUUAACGACUUAAUGUAUAGAUUGUAUAAAAAGUAUAUCAAGACUUUGUUACGGUGAGGUUUAUGCGGCUUACUUGCAUUCUUCAUCGGUAGUUACAUUUGUGAUCAGUUUUCAAUAAAAAUAAUUAUGAUUACGGACCAAAGCAAGCACGUCAUUUUAGUUUACAGACAAACAGCUUUGACAUUUACACUGGCUGUUCAACAAUGUAUUUGGGUUGUGUUGUGAUCUAAACCUAGUGAAAAUAUUUUUUGUGUGUGUGUGUUUGGUAGAAAUGUUGCAAGGAAUAUAUGCAAAUAUUGUUUUUUGAUCACAUUUUUUUUAAAAAUCCUUCAGUGUUUUAUACAUUUUUGGAUUUAAGAAAAAAUAAAAGUUUC